UCAAAAGUCGCAAACUAAAUUAGAAAAUGGGUAAAAAAUUGGUUUCAACCUUUAUGAUAUGCAUAAUCAUCGUAGGUGUGAUAUUGCAGCCGUCGGACGCUGCCCCUAAGAACCCAAGUGAGAAAUAUAAAGCAUGUUUCAAUAACUGCGUGGCAGAUUGCAAAAAAUUUGAAGGUGGCGGUGAGACCUUCUGUGAGAUGAAAUGCGACUCCGAUUGCACUGCUAAAGAGGAAGCAGAUGAUUUGAAUAUUAAGUUGCCUUGAUCUUGAAAUGAAGAGAUAUAUAUGGAGGAAGAAAAAGAUUGCAAUAUACAAGUGAAGAGUAGAGGAAAAUAAUGGACGGAUUGUAAUAAAAUUACUUCAUUAUUGUACCAUUUCAUUUCUCUUGUUUUCUAUAUAAAGCUUUUUGAGAAUUUCUUGAAUCAUUUUUCAUUCUGAACUUGUAAUCAUGAUCUUCUUUAUCUAAAUGGUUUGAUUUACAUAUUA